UUGCAAGCAAAAUGUACUAAAUAAGCCUCAAAUACAAAACAGCUUUGAUUUAAUUUCAAUAAGCACGUUAUAGCAUAAAGGUCAUUUUUAUUAGUAUCGCAUAUUUGUAUAUUUCGCAAUAUGUCCUUUAUCAAUUCUCAAUUUGUUUUAAGCACUUUAAGCAAUAAAGCUGCUUUUAAUUUUCAUUCACGCGAACCUGCGAAACAAAGCAAAGAGUGCAAGGAUUUGACGGGCAAAGCAUGAAACGAAGCAAAACAUUGGGGACAGAAACGCCGGAAGCUCACGAGGCGCAUGCGCUUUGCUUUGAACAAGCUCAAUAAAAGCUUUCGACAGGAUAAUAAAAAGCUUGUGUCCCAAGGCAACUUUCGACAGUCUGUGGCAGAAUUUAGCGAGUUGAAAGUACUUUGAAAAGCAAAAAAAAAAGAAAAAACCUCAAUUAAAACAGCUGAAAAAAGUGUGAAUAACUGAAAGUCAAUUGUGUUUAUAAAGAGAUAAAAUCAUAAUAAUUAUAAAUAUAAUAAGUGGUCACCCAGACAGACAACGAACACACCCACACACAAAUACAAAUACAGUUACAGUUGUAGCUGUAACUGAGACACGAUUGCUCUUCGUGAUUUUUUCCAGCAUUGCCGUUUAAAGUUACAGUGUUGUUCAAGUAAAAAAAAAAAAAAAAAACGUUGCCAUCAAAUGCGCAUUUAAAACGAUCACCCGUUAAAAAAUAAGAAAAAUAAACAGAGGAGAAUUAGGAUAACUCUUCAUAGUCCUGAUAGGAUUCCAAUAAAAAUGGCGCCAUUUAAACUCAAGUUUCGCAUGGGCAGCUCACGGAGCACGAGUACAUCGCAAGAGCAUGAUCCGGAUCCCACUGUGAAUGAGGCACUAUUGGGCACACAGCAACAGGAAUUGGAACAACAACAACAACAACAGCAGCAGCAGCAGCAGCAACAGCAACAUCAGCAACAACAUCAGGCAGUUGGUGCAAGCAGCUCGACCAUUGAUUCAGUUGAUUGCAACAGUCUCGGCUCAAUGAGCGAACGGAAGCUGCUCUUGCCACCAAAUUCAAGCAAAACUGCCACCAAUACCAACAGUUUGCGUAUGGGCUAUGUCAACCAGAGUCGAGCUCCUUGCAUCAGUGAAGUUGCAGCGGAUUUCAAUAGCAGCAGCAGCAGCAGCAACUUGCCCACCACUCCGCCGCCUACUUAUGAGUAUGUGCUAGAAGAGAACACUCGUCUGUCGCAUCAGCAGCAGCGUCAACUGUCAUCGGAGAAUAGUGCCACGCCCAAUCAGAACAGUCGACGCAGCUCGGCGAAUAGCUCGCGGCAGAGCGCUGCUCAGUUGAGCGCCGCUUUGGACCAGCUGACCCUAAAUGACGACAGCUGCAACAGCAACAGCAACAACAGCAACAAUAGCAACAAUAGCGACAACGACAGCAACAAUAGCAUUUGCAACGAUCCCGACUGUCAGCAGAACUAUAACAACAGCAGCUGUGGCACUCGCAACAAUAACAACAACAGUCACAACAAUAACAACGAGGGGGAGGAGCUGGAGCACCCACAGCAUCCUCAAAUUGAGGGCGUCACCGAGCUGGAGCUGGUGCACAGCGACAACGAGGAGAACACGCUGAGCGUCAACGAGUUUCUGCUGGAAACCGAAAUGGCAGCGGUGCGUGCCAAACAGAAUAAUCUGUUUGCCGCCUGCAGCGAUGCCAGCGACGGACAGCAGCCAUGCACAGAUGAGCAGUGCACCCAGUGCAGCGAGCAGGUCAACCACCACAUGGGGCUCGAAUCUGAGGAGGACACCGAGGAGCCGAGCACCAGCAAUGCAGCAGCCCGCCACAAUUUCUAUGAUCCCCUACUAAAUCGCUAUGGCAACGAGGCUGGCUGCUCCAAUGGCUCUGCUGCGGGCAACAGUAAUGCCCAAGCCUGCAAUGAGGCAUGCUGUGCAUCUGGCUCUAUAUCCGGUUCCGUGGCCUCCAGAUCUCGUCGUGGUCGACGGCAGCAACAGCAGCAGGAGCAGAAUUGUCUGCUGACGCCCGAGAUGAUGAGCAACAAGACAUCCAAGGAGAUCUACAAAGAUCUGGCCAAACAGUGGGGCAUCACUUGCAAAAUGUCCGAAAGCUGCCGCUGCAUGGAUUGCCAAAGUCAUUAUUUUGAUUGCGAUUUCGAUGAUAACGAACAUCAGAAAACGGAUGGAGGAUUGGGAGCUGGCACGCCCAUGUUUAUCAGCGAGGUUAUGCAUGGAUCUGGCUGUCAGAUAUUGUAAGGGAAUUGGAAACUGUUGUUUUUUUUUUUUGCAUACGAAAUGAUUGCUGAAAAAUUGUUAUUAUGUAAAUGCAAAAUGUUUUUCUAGACAAGCCAAAUGAAAAAGCUAACCUAGUCUAUAAGCAAAAGAUAUAUACUACGAGUACGUUUGGCAUUAAACCCAACGCAAUUUGACGUUAUUUGCACAAAACUGUUUUGCACAAAAUGAAGUAGAAAAUUAAUAUAAUGUUGCACUGCGAAUUAGGUGGAAAUAUUCAAUUACUCGAGGAAACAGCCUUAGUGGCUUUAAAAAUUAUGAAACAUAAAAAAAGAAGGCGUUCACCUAUAUUUUUUGGUGUAGAAGGAUUGGUGAACUUUUUGAGAAGUUUUAUGAAUCGGAUCUCUUAUCUAAGUGCAUUUUGUGUUGCAGAAUGAGAAACUAAAAAAAAAACCCACCUUGCAAAUUUUGAAUAUCCUAGAAUGUGUUCCUUUUUCAGAGCUGAAAUAUAUUCAAUACGCAAAAGUUAUUUUACAAUCAGAUAUUUGGUUUGAUUUUGAGGCAUUUUAAACAGUAAGCUAAACAACUUUAUAUAUAACUACAACUAGAAACCCUAAUGAAAUUUAAAAUCCGACCUUUUCAACAUUUUCAACAACCAAAAUUUUCAAAUUAUGUGAAAUGGCGGCUUUUUUAGAACCGCUUGAAUUGUAUGGAGAAGAGCAGAGAAGUGUUUGUAUGUAUUUUUCUAAAUUGAUGGAGAAUUAUGGUGUAGCUGGCAAAUCGAAAUAGAUAUGCAAAAUAGGCAACUGCAAGAGGCAUUCCUGUGCCCUAGGAAUACGUAGUACGAAUCUUACGCAUAUUACGUACCCCUAAAACAAUUAUCAUUACCACAAAAAAUAAAAAAUAAAAAAAAAAUCUUCUUAACCAUACUUUAAGCAAUCAGACAAUGAGUACAGCUGGCAUUUUUGUGCUGCGAAACUAAAAAAGUGUAAAAAUCGAAUAAAACGAAAAGAGAAAUGAGAUAAGAGAUAAAAGAAAAAAAAAAUGGAAUUCUAGACAGAAAACAAAGUUAACUUUAAUUACACAUAUGCUGACAAUUUUAAAACGAAGCGUAAAUAUUUAGUCUGAUAUUUUGUAUGGUCUCGGUAUUUUUCAAUGGAUUUUUUUAUAUUACGCUAUAUACACAGAUACAUGCAUAUAUCUAUAUGAUUUUGUUAAUAACAGCAUUUAGAAUCCUAAUCCUAAGCACAACAUUCUGAACAACAUUGCCACAUUAACUACUUACGUUCCAAUACUAUCUAAGCAAGCGGGUUUCAUUCGCAAACGAGGCAAAUAAAAACUCAGAAUUAAACUCAGAACUAAGACAACAACAAAAUUGUACUUGCAUUACUCGC